ACAAGUAGAGCGUGAUAGUGGUGUUAUCAACUUGUUUAGGGCUAUUGUUAGCCACUCUGGCCAGGCGGAGAAGCAGAAAUAACAAGCGGGUUUCAUAAAGCAAGAGUGACAAAAUCUAAUUGGGCGUCCAGGAUAGAGGAAGCAGGCGGUAACCACGUUUGGUUAUCUGCUGAUUGAUGACGUGAUGAAACCAUGUGGCGGAGGAAAGGGCGGCAUGACAACGAUUUCUACGUUUCCGGAUCUAUGAGCUUCUCCACGCUAGUGGAUUUCACGGAUCUCAGGUUUUGUUAGAGAACGAGGUAAACGAAGAAUGUAUAACAGUCUCCCGUGAUUCUUUCUUUUCGGUGGAGGAAGAUGACAGGGGUGGUGCGUGCACAUUUGUAUCAAGAAAAUCUUUAAAGCAAAGACUAAAAAAGAAAAAUACGCUCACUCCAGAGAGUAUGGUUUGAAAUGAAAUCGACAGUAGGAAGCCUUACAGAACAGAAAAGUUAGGUUACAAAUGAAUCAAUCUAUCUUAUACAAAGGAUUUCUUGCCAGUGAGAAAAAAUGUACUAGGUAGUAAGAGUAAACUUCGCACUAAACUCAUACUUUCGUGCCACACUAACCACGUGACCAAAAGAUAGCUGAAAGAAUGCCAGAUGUCGUAAAAUAUCUUGGCUGUGUACAACGUCAUCUCAUUUGUGAAAUUAUCCUUUAUUUCAAAUGACAUGGGGAUCAACAACAUGCUUGGCAGACGUACAACUGAUACCCCCCCACAGUACACUUAGGAGGAUCCAAGAGCUCCAAAGCAAGAUCCUCCGACCCCUCCGCCUUCAAUUGCUCCAAACGGUCCCGAAAUGAUCAACUCCAAAGUAAACCACAUUACAGAAGGGUCUCGAAACAAUGAGGUCCGAUCAGUUAUUUUGUAUGGAAUUCCUAUAGUGUCACUAAUUAUUGAUGGCCAAGAAAGACUUUGUCUGGCGCAGAUUUCGAACACCCUCCUAAAACAUUUCAGUUAUAACGAAAUUCACAAUCGACGAGUGGCUCUGGGUAUCACGUGCGUUCAGUGCACUCCUGUCCAGCUGGAAUUGUUACGUCGUGCCGGGGCCAUGCCGGUGUCCUCACGGCGUUGCGGCAUGAUUUCCAAGCGAGAAGCAGAAAGGUUGUGCAAGUCUUUCCUAGCAGAAACUGCACCUCCCAAGCUUCCAGACAACUUUGCUUUUGACAUCUACCAUCAAUGCGCUUGGGGCUGCCGUGGCAAAUUUGUGCCGUCACGCUAUAAUAGUUCUCGCGCCAAAUGCAUUAAGUGUGCUUACUGCAGCCUGUUCUUCUCUCCCAACAAAUUUGUCUUCCACUCCCAUCGUUUCUCGGACUCCAAAUACGUCCAGCCGGACGCAGCCAACUUCAACUCUUGGCGGAGGCAUAUUAAGUUAAUUGGAACGCCAUCUGAUGAUGUAAUUCAUGCGUGGGAGGACGUGAAGGCCAUGUUUAAUGGCGGAAGCAGAAAACGUGUCACGGCUUGUUCUUCUUUGGCUAGUUCAUCCAGAAACCAGGAAGCAAAACGACCACGUUUUCCUGGUCCUCCUCCUCCCGAAAAACACAGUUCUUCACUCAACCCUCCCAACGACGGCUCCAAAUCUCCAUACCUCCCUGUUGUCCCUUUCUCCAACAAAAACUAUCAUAUUCCACCAGCGCCCCCUUUUGUUGCACCAACCUCACCAUUCUACUACACAGCCGGUAAACCGUUCUCAGCCUCGGAUAUCAGACAGUGUUUUGCUGAAUAUAUGUGGGCAGGGAAACAAUCAUUUCCCCUACCCUACGGACCCAUGUUCUGGUCUCGAGAUUCCAAUCCUUCAUCCAUGGAUUACAGGGAAGAUGCUGUCUUUGAAAAUAUGGUCCCUCCUUCUUUGGCUUUGAAUACUCAAGCUCCUUUGCUGUCUUCUACUUCAGAUAUAGACUUUAGAAAACAGCAGUUUGAAGUGGAGCCAACGCAGACUCAAGUAAAAAGUCCAGAUAACACCUACCCUCGUACGUCAGCCUUCCGGCCUGUGAGUAAGACAGGAAAUCGGCCGUUUCAGGUAGAGCCACCAGUGUGCGAUACAACAGCAGAUACAACUACAACCUGUGGAGAAACGUCUGACACAUAUAGGUCUGGGUCUCGCGGAUCAGCAUCGCUGGAUGUCGAUGUUACAGAUAUGUCCAGCAAUGACGGCGUCUCUGAAUCCAGUCUCGACCACCAUGGAAACCCCGGUGCUCAUGUCAUCUUUCGGCCCAUGGACGAAGUAACGCCCUCUAUUGCUGAUACCAGUGUAACUUCAAUUAUAGAAGGAAAGAAACAGUGCUCCACGACGACCUCUUCGUUUGAUGUCGACGUACCUACUCAGGAUAGUAGUUAUAAAGAGACAGAUGAAAAAGAACAUAACCCUCAAGUCUCCGCUUCUCUGACUUCACAAGAGUCUUUUCCUGAAGCCCUUCUGCAAGAAACAGAAGCAAGACGAAGGGUCCAAAAAGAAUACGACAGAAUGAGAGAAACCUUUCAAGAACAAGUUCGAAAGGAAAUGACAUACAGAGAAGAACUCGCCAAGCAGCUUCAGUUAGUCAGAGAUGCUCUGUGUCAAGAGCUGGAACAAGAAAGGAAGGCGCGUUUCACUGUGCAGCAAAAGCUUAAAGAAGCUCACACUGCUCUUCAGACCUUCACUUGUAAGAUGCUGAAUCCACGUCACUGUGCCGAGUGUGGUUACAAGCCUUCUUUAACGGAAUGAAAAUCUGUUCGAGUAUUUAACCGAGAUUGUCCCAUCCCAUCAGCACCUCGUGAUCAAUUACUGGUACAUCUAAUCUUACCUUGUGUGUAAAAUUUCACUCUCUACCUACUGCCUACGUGUGAAAACUUCUUCCCUAAUCACAUUGGUUUGUUUUUAUUUGUUAAACGAGUGUGACUGGUCUGUAUAGAAGUCAAUGUAUAUAUUUGAAAUAAUGAGCAUGGGUGGUCUUAGGGUUAAGUUUGGCCAAAGUCACAUAAAUUCGGGUAUAAGAAACGAUGAGUAAGUCACACUGGCCGUUCAGCACUGGUUAGUCAUAUAGAUUAGUGGAGAUAUGUCUACUCUAAUGCUGUUUAUUGUCCUUGUUAUGUACGAUGUGCAAUGAUAGAGAAACUUAUUGCCAUAUAAUUUAUGGAUGUAAUUUAAAGUGAAAUAAAUAAAUAAAACUACCA